AGCAAAGUAGUCGGACAUUAAAAACUGUGACAACAUGGCUCUGCUCAUGGAAACAAAGUUAAUUUUGAGAAAAGUCAAAGAUUUAAGAUGCUUUACGGCCAAAAGGAACAGAGUCAAAGAGAAAUGGGCUGCGACGCGUCCAAAGUACCCCCCCACCAGACUGGCCCUACAGCACAUGGACGCAGUGUACGGGGCUCAGCUGGGCUCCCUGUGGCCUUCGGUGCGGGUGGCUUUGCUCUGUGAGAGGAAGUACGGAGCUCUGGUCAACACACACUCACACCAUGAUGUCAUCUCUGAGCUGCAGCAUCACGGCUGUGCUGACUUCAUCACCAGCACAGCACUGCAAGAAUCACAAUCAGAGUCUGUUCAAGUGGAGGGUGAAUCUCAGAGUGAUCUAAGGACCACUUCAGAUGUUUCUCCUGGGCUCAAUGCAAACAUCAAGUGCUUCGUGUUUCCUCAAGGAGAUAUCAGCCGAUUCAAACCUGCGCGGCCUGAUGCCAACGGGCUCCUGGGAUACUAUCUGAUGGAUGCCGCCUCAGUCCUGCCCUGCCUGGCUCUGGAUGUCCGGGAGGGGCACACUGUUCUGGAUCUGUGUGCAGCCCCUGGAGGAAAGGCACUGGCCUUCAUGCAAACACACGGACUAGGUUUUGUGUGUUUGAAUGACUCUUCGGUUUCCCGGACAAUGCGCCUCCGGAGGGUCCUGCACAGCUACAUCCCUAAAGCUCUGCUCUCAGACCACAGACUGCGCAUCAGCUCUUUCGACGGCACCAUGUGGGGGCAGAUCGAGAGGGGCACCUUUGACAGAGUGCUAGUGGACGUUCCAUGUACCACAGACAGACACUCUGUCACAGAAGAAGACAACAACAUCUUCAGCAAGAGCCGUGUUGGAGAAAGGAGGAGGCUACCACAGCUGCAGACUGAGCUCCUGCUAGCGGGGCUGGAGGCGGUCUGUCCAGGGGGGGAGGUACUAUACUCCACGUGCACACUGUCCCAGCAGCAGAACCAGGCCGUGGUGGAGCAGGCUGAGCAGCUGGCCCUGGAACGGCAUGGUAUCCAGAUCCAGGUGGUGAGUUUGAAGCCGCUCACACGUAACUUCACAAACACGUUCCACUUUGCUCCAGAGCUGUCUGUCGGUGAACUAGUGCUACCUCAUUUAGCUGCUAACUUUGGACCUAUCUACAUGUGCAAGCUCAAGAGGCUCACGUAGACCCCCAACCCCACCUGCGGCCUGGGCAGGGUUCUCUUGCAUCCUGGAAAACCUGGAAAACCUGGAAAAUAAUUGGCCUGUUUUCUAGACAUGGAAAAUGCAUUGAAAAUAAGAAAAAACUCGAAUUACCUGGCAACUACAUGUUCUGUUUUUCUCUACCCUUUUUACUGGAUUAUUGGAUAUCAAAUUGAUGGAGAUUGUUACUUCCACCAUCACAGC